GGACCUCUGAGGAGCCCAAUCUUUCUUGUGGCACAACUACCAACACCUCCACCUCUUCAUCAGCAUCAAGAGGAAGAAAGUAUUUUUCCAUACUCCUUCCAGAUUUAUUACCUGAUUGUUUUUGUUCUUUUGCUUUCCUAGUCAAAAGGCCUUUAGGCAAAGAACAAAAAAGACAAGAUGAUCGCUCUGUUUUCCUUGACAUUGGUGGUCUUUGCAAGCAGUCUACAAGUCAAAGCACAAGAUAUUGGGUCAAGGAUCAAGGUCUACGCCAACAGAGGUGACAAUAUCACCCUGCCCUGCAGACUGGAAGGUCAGUCCAGUAUGUUCGUAAACAGAAUCAAGUGGACCAAACUUGAGGAUGACUCUACAAAAACUGAUGUGCUCAUCUCCAUGGGGUUCCACAAGAGAACAUACGGAGAUUUCCAGGACCGAGUUUAUCUGUUGGAGGUGGAUGACAAUGAUGCUACUUUAGUUAUUACAAACCUAGAACUGAACGACUAUGGCACAUACAGGUGUGAGAUCAUCAACGGCAUGAACGACAAGAUUGUUGAAGUGGACCUUGAAUUGCAAGGGGAAAAAUUACUUUCUUUCACAGGGGUUGUUUUCCCAUAUUCCCCUCGUCUGGGGCGGUACAACCUCAACUUCCAAGAUGCAGAGGCCGCGUGUCUGGAGCAGGAUGCUGUUGUCGCCUCCUUCGAGCAGCUCUAUGGGGAAUGGAGAAAUGGGAUGGAUUGGUGCAAUGCUGGCUGGCUCAAUGACGGAACCGUGCAGUACCCCAUCACCAAACCCAGAGAGCCCUGCGGAGGUGCGAGGACCUCAGCUGGACUGAGAACAUACGGCCGACAGGACAAGUCCAACAGCCGCUAUGAUGUGUUCUGCUUCACAGCCAGCAUUAGAGGUCGCUUUUACUAUCUGAUCCUGCCCAAGAAGCUUAACUUUGAUGAGGCUGUUGACGCGUGUAAGAGAGAUGGAGCUGAGAUCGCAAAGGUGGGCCAUAUAUAUGCUGCCUGGAAGCUGCUGGGAUACGACCGUUGUGAUGCUGGUUGGCUGGCCGACGGUAGCGUUCGUUAUCCUAUCUCCAGGCCUAGGAAGAACUGCAGUCCCACGGAGGCUGCGGUUCGCUUUGUUGGCUUCCCCGACAAAAAGCAGAAGCUGUACGGUGUCUACUGCUAUAAACCUCAGCUGUGAAGCUCUUCAUGUCACGUCACCAGCCAAAUGAGCAGCAAUACACAGGUUUUCACUUCAAAACUUAUGAAGGACUUUUUGCAUGAACUAGCCAUAACUGUGACAGGAUACUGUAAAAACCAUUUCAUUCUGCAACAUUCUGAAUAUUAAUGUAAACAGUUAUUUUACCUAUCAUUUACAAUUUAUAUAGAUUUGUACACCAUAUGUAUGAACAACAAAGUGAUGAGAAUAACA